GACAACGCGCCGCGCCGGCUGCGUCUUCACGGCUUCGCACGCAGAAAAAAAAACGCGGUCGCGUGCUCUGCUACAAAAAAGUAAUCAAUCAUCAAUAAAAAAUAAUAACAGCUGAUAUAAAACUGUGCGUACUGUUUAUCGCUCGCUGUGGGCGCGGUGUUUCAAAAAGUGUGGUGCUAAAGAUGUCUCCAGGCCGUUGAGCGUGGCCGGUGAGCGGGUGCUGUUGUCGCGGUGGUUGAAAGUGUUGAAUCAGCAACAUGACCAAGAGGUUCGAGUUCAACUGGCAGAUUCCCGUGCCGGAACCGUUGCUACAAGGCGCGGUGAUGGACAGAUGGACUGAUGAAAAGGACAAUACGGAGCUGGAACAGAACUGCCUUUUUAAAGUGGACGAGUACGGCUUCUUCAUCUACUGGAAGAGCGAUGGCCGAGACGGCGAUGUGAUAGAAUUGUGCCAAGUUAGUGACGUGAGGUCGGGAGGUGUGCCAAAGGACUCGAAACUUAACUUCAACCUACUGUCAAAACACGGGGACAGCCUAGAAGAGAAGUCGUUGACGAUUUGCAGCGGCACAGACUACAUAAACAUUAACUACCAACAUGUGGUCUGUGCGGACGCGGCAACAGCUAAGGUAUGGUUGGAAGGACUAAGGCGGAUAACACACAAUGUAAAAGCGAACAACGCUUGCCCAAUGACCUGUUUGAAGAAACAUUGGAUGCGCCUCGGCUUCACGACUGACCCUCGGGGGAAGAUCCCAGUGAAGGUGGUGGCGAAGACCUUCGCUUCAGGGAAGACUGAGAAGCUGGUGUAUCAGUGCCUUUCAGAGCUCGGGCUGCCUUCCGGGAAGAACGAUGUGAUGGAGAAAGACGCAUUUACGUUUGAUAAGUUUUACGCCUUAUACCACAAAAUUUGCCCUAGAAAUGAUAUUGAAGAGCUGUUCAGAUCUAUUACCCAAGGUAAAUCUGAGCGCAUCAAUUUGGAACAGUUUGUCAACUUUCUGAACGACAAGCAAAGAGAUCCUCGGAUGAAUGAGAUCCUAUAUCCCCUGUACGAUGAGAAGAGGGCGGCGGAGAUCAUGACCACUUACGAGCAAAACGAGGAAGCGAAGAAUGAUAAAUGCCUCACCAAAGACGGGUUGAUCCGCUACCUGAUGUCGGACGAGAACGCCCCAGUGUUCCUGGACCGACUCGACUUCUACAUGGACAUGGACCAGCCCCUGGCCCACUACUACAUCAACUCCUCGCAUAACACGUACCUGUCUGGGAGGCAGUUCGGCGGGAAGAGCUCUGUGGAGAUGUACCGACAAGUGCUUUUGGCUGGCUGCAGAUGCGUAGAACUCGACUGCUGGGACGGCAAAGGCGAAGACGAAGAGCCGAUUAUCACCCACGGGAUGGCCAUGUGCACCGACAUCUUGUUCAAGGACGUCAUCUACGCGUUGAGGGACACUGCCUUCGUGACGUCAGAUUACCCAGUCAUCCUCUCCUUUGAGAACCACUGCUGUAAGGCCCAGCAGUAUAAACUGGCGAAGUACUGUGAUGAAAUUCUAGGCGAUUUGCUGCUGAAGGAACCAUUGUCUGAAUAUCCGUUGGAGCCAGGACAGCCUUUACCGCCUCCAUCGGCGUUAAAACGUAAGAUCCUCAUCAAAAACAAACGACUGAAGCCUGAAGUGGAGAAGCAGGAAUUGGAGCUGUUUAGACAAGGCCAGUUCGUUAUAGAAGAUGAGGAGAAAGAGGACGCUUCGGCAGUCGCCAUUCCGGAUAAGAAGCCUGAAGAGAUAGUAGCCGAAGCGGCAUCAGCGGGAGACGACGCGCCUCCUCCCGUAGCUUACACUGGAUCCACCACGAACGUGCACCCCUGGCUAUCUUCCAUGGUCAACUACGCCCAGCCCAUCAAGUUCCAGGGCUUUGAGGAGGCGGAGAAACGUAACAUCUACCACAACAUGUCGUCGUUCGCGGAGACCACCGGCAUGAACUACCUCAAGACACAGGCCAUAGAUUUCGUGAACUACAAUAAGCGGCAGAUGUCCAGGAUCUAUCCUAAGGGCACUCGAGCUGAUUCUUCCAACUACAUGCCACAGGUAUUCUGGAACGCAGGCUGCCAGAUGGUGUCGCUAAACUUCCAGACGUCAGACUUACCCAUGCAGCUGAACCAGGGCAAGUUCGAGUAUAACGGCAACUGCGGGUACUUGCUGAAGCCAGAUUUCAUGCGACGCGCGGACAGGAGUUUCGACCCAUUCGCCGACGCUCCUGUGGACGGAGUCAUUGCUGCGCAGUGCUCUGUGCAAGUAAUAGCUGGUCAGUUCUUGUCAGACAAAAAAGUGGGGACAUACGUUGAAGUGGAUAUGUAUGGUCUGCCUUCCGACACCAUCCGCAAGGAGUUUAGGACCCGCAUGGUUCCCGCCAACGGACUCAACCCGGUCUAUAAUGAAGAGCCAUUCUUGUUCCGUAAGGUAGUGUUGCCAGACUUGGCGGUGCUUAGAUUCGGGGUGUACGACGAGAACGGCAAACUGCUCGGACAACGUAUACUUCCCCUGGACGGCCUCCAAGCGGGCUACAGACACAUCUCGUUAAGAACAGAGGCUAAUUUCCCGAUGUCACUACCUAUGCUGUUUUGCAACAUCGAACUCAAGAUUUACGUCCCUGAUGGCUUUGAAGACUUCAUGGCCGCGCUGUCGGAUCCGCGGGCGUUCAUGGGCGCUGCGAAGGAGAGAAGUGAUAAUAUGAAACAAAUGGGCAUCGAAGAAAGUGGGCCGGAGAAGAAGGUGACAAUCGAGGAGAAGAAAGAAGAACCUCUAGUUUUUGAGCCGAUCUCGCACGAGGUACUGCGGCGAGAGAAAGCCUUUAUAAAGAUCGAACGAAAGCAGCAAAAAGAAUUGGACGCCAUGAAUAAACGCCACGCGAAGGAACGGGUCUUGCUGGAGAAACAACGCAUCGCCGCCAUAGAGAAGAUAGCUAAAGUUAAGAAUAGCACUCCAGACGCCAUUCCGAAAUUGAUGGCCGAGCAUGCGGCAGCCUGGGAAGACAUGCUGCUCAGACACCAGAAUGAAGAAAUAGAUGCUUUUAAAAACCGGGUGGAGGAGCAACGGGAGACAUUGAAGAAGAUGAUGGAAGCGGCACAACUGGGACAAAUGAAGCAGUUGGAAGCAAAACAUGAGAGGGAAUUGAAAGAGAUAACUGCCCGUCAAUCCAAAAUCAGCAUAGAAACUACCAAGGAGGUCGCCAACGACAAGACGCUUAAAACCAAACAGGAGAAGGAUAGAAGGCUAAGGGAGAAGAAACAAAACAAUACCAAGAAAUUUAUGGACGAACGCAAGACGCAAACCAUCAAGCAGAACCGCGAGAAGGACAAACUAAAGGCUACUCAUGAUAAACAAAUGGAGGAACUAAUGAUGUCAUUUGAGAAAAAAAAGGAAACUGAGGUUAAGGAUGAAGGAAAAGAUAGUGAUGAUAAAAAGAAAGUGGAAAAUUCUGUGCCGGCCUCAAUUGAGUCGAGUGAAAAUGGCAGACUAAAACCAACUGACGAUAAAGAAAUUGAGAAAAAAUCCAGCGCGACCAUCCCUGGAACGAAAUGUAAAAAUCAUGUUGGUAUGGAACCCGAACCGUCAUUACUUCCAGUUGAAGCGGAUUCUGUAAAAAUUCCAUGAUAUAUAUGAAACAAUCAGUUGCUUGACACUGAAUGACUCGCAGUGAGUGAUUUAAUUAUAAGUGAUCUCUUCAAAAUGUGGUACAAAUAUUCUAUCCCAAGAAGAUGUGAUUGGCGAUGAUAGUGAUGCGGUAAUUAGAUUUUUUUUAAACAAACAUAUUCCAGAAAGAGAACUAAGAGUAGUUAGGUGUUAACAAUCUGUAUUGCUGUACACCAUGUUUAAAUUUUUACUGUAGUAACUUACAUUUUUAAUAAGUACAUAAACAACCACAAAGGCAUAGCAGAUACAGAUAUUGUUUUUACUGUUUUAACCUAACAUUUAAAUCUAAUACAAUGAUAUUCGGUGGAUAAAAUGGAAUAAGUUUGUUUAAGAAAAUGGUGUGACAUCUGCUUCUAAAAACAAAUUUGUGAUAUAAAAAUAACCUCCGUGAGAUAGAAAAUCUGUACCUAUCUAUCAUAACUUUAAAUAGGUAAGUAUUCUAGAAAUAAGUACUUAAGAACUAAAAUUCAUACAUAGCUAAAAUAUCUAAUUGUUAACUACAAUACAAAACGAUCAUUAUAAAAGGAAAUUAACAAAAGUGGCAUGAUAAAAUUUUCGAUUAUAUGGAAUUAAUUAAUGUAAAAUAAUAUAAUCUAUUUUGUCUUAAACUGCUAGGUGAUAAAUAUUUGGGUAAAUACUAUAAUAGUGUUAUCAUGGCAAUGUGUUUGAUGCGGCAAUACAGGGACGCGUUUUAAAUUUAAUGGGCCAUACGUACGCGAGUGGCAGUAGCCGAGACAAUCCGCUACACCAUGGCUAAAACAUACUUUAAAGCACAAUAUUGGUGUUGUAUGCUUGUAUCGUCGUGGUAGCCGCGGGGCUUCCUCAAAUUUGACACAGCAUGAUAUAAAUAUUUAUAUAGUUACAUAUAUAUAAUAAAAUAAUUUCUUUCCAUCUUUAUUGCUUAUAUUCUUGCUUAUUGAGGGUUACAACGUUAUCAUUUCAUCUUCAACUUAUUUUAAAUAGCGCAAUAAUCGUCAAUACUUUUAAUUAAACCUUAAAUCUCGGACUCCCUGUAACACCGCAUUACAAAUGCUAGAUAACGAACUAGUAUUGUAAAUUUCAAUAAUAUAAUUAAUAUACAGGUACCAAAGCAUAACAUAGUUCACAUAUGUAAAUUUAUUUAUUACCUUAGUGGUAGUGGCGUUGCCCACAAACUAAAUUUAAAAUUAUUAUCGAAAAUUGGAAACGAGCAAAAUUAACGAAAAAAUAAUUAUUGAACUGAGGGAAGUGAUUUUUCGGCCUUUUGAAAAAUGUAGGUAAUAUUAGCUAGUUAUAAUGAUUACUCGUAGGUAUUGUAUAACAGGCUUAUGUUCUUUUUACGGGUUUAUCGUGUACUUAUACAUGUUGUGCAAUAUUUGUACCUAAAUUGAAAAUAGAAGGUAGGUAGGUGGUCGCAAUAUAAAUCUACAGUAGCAAUACGCCAAGUUUAAAGUAUUCUAAAAUUUAUAUGUAGGUACACUCCAGCAGCAUGCAGUAAAUUGAACUUAUUUUAACAUUUACCUCAUUGCGAAAGGUCUCCUUUUCCGAAAUGAAAAGUACCUACAUAUAAACCCUUCGAAGAUUUAACAACAGUUUAGUUCAGUUUAACCCACCUACAAUUUAGCAAAACAUUUUUCGUUUGGUAAUUAAUCAUUUGAUUAUUUGGAAUUCUCAACAGAAUGUUACCAACUCCACUCACUACACAUUUUAAGAGCCAAGCCAUGUUCCAAAUGAAUUUCUACUGAAAAUAGUUACCUACCUUCAAAACAUUUGCAGCCAUUUAAUAAUUUUUGAGGAAACUACACAAUUAAAUAUUUGGAAGUAACUGGGAAAAAUCAAAUGUCUUUGGUGCCAUAUUUGAAAACUAAUGUGUUAACUUUUCUGGUUUAAAAGCAAAAAUUUCUUUAUUUCUUUUCUGGAAUGAUCGCAAAGUAUCAUCUGUUUAUAAUUUACAUUAAAAUGAUGGAACACGGUUCAAAAAAUGGUAUUAUUUGGGGGAGAUAUUACAGUUACUUUGUUGGUAAGGGAACAAAAGCAAACUAUUACGUUCUAAGAAGCCAAUAAACAUAAAUAAAAUCCUGUUACUUUUAUAAGUUAGAUUAAAUAUUUAAAGUACUUGUUCUUUAAAGUAAUCAAUUUAAAUAUAUAUAUAUUAAUCAUUCCAAUAAAGAUGUUACAUUUGUAUUUUACUUGUUAGUGGACCAAACUUUCAACUAUUAUCUAUUAAUUAAAUAACAUAUAGUAACUUUCUAGAUCAAAUCAUGAUUCAAAAAUCAUUUUAGAAUGUCGCACUAGACUAAUAUUUACUUAUGUAAUGUAGAAACCUACAGUAAAUUGUUUUAAUGAGCCAAAGAAUAAUAUUAAAUACAUAAGUUAUCAUAAGUAUAAGUAUUAACAUUUUUAUAUUUAAUAAAUCCAUAAAGUCUGUAAGUUAUUUAGUUUCCGUUCCAAAUAAUAAAAUUGUAUAACACGCCGUUAUUCACAUGGCAUUGCGAACUUUAUAAGAAAGUUGAAAAAAAAUUUGCUUUGGUGUGAAUACUUUUUUUGGAUUACUUUAGAUUUACACCAAAACAUUGCUGAAAAGUUAUACAUAAGAAACAGCAAGGCCCUUAAAAUUUAAAUUUUAACACUACAUAGGUAUUUACUACCUAUCUUUCUCACCGGUGGAGUGUGUGUGUGUUGAAAUGUUAAAUUGUCAUGUGUGUUGUAGUCGGAAUGUGUACUCAACUCUCAGUUAAUUAACUCUCACACCAAAGUAACAAAUACUAUGUAUACCUUCAUAUACCUACUACAGUUUAAGCCAGCUAAACUAAAUUACAAUAAAUAUAAAUGGCGUGUAAUCAAUUAACUGAAUCUAGGUAAAAAAAUUAUUGGAGUUUUGAUGUCAUAGUACCAUAAUGAAAAGAUUCUAGUCAAUUUUAUAAAUAAUGUACCUAUUUAGUGUUUGAAUCCUAUAUUUUUUGUUUACCAGUAUUAGCUAGAUGAUACAUUUCAGAGAUGUAAGUAAAUAAGUAGCUAUCAUUAUUCAUUGUAUAGAUAUUAAUAUAAGGUAUCUUAGAUUUUUAAUUAAAAAAUGUAAAAAUAAAAUCUAUAUACUUAUAUGUUUCAUUGGAAUAAAUUAUUCAAGUACAUACAUACAUACACCAGUGUAUUGUUUGAAAUUUUUAGAUUCUAAAACUGAUAGUGAGAAUAAACUUAAGUGUUUCAUAAAAUUUGAAUUUAUAAUAUACAUUACUGUUCAAAAUGUUAAACAAUAUUAAUUAUAGGUAGGUAAUCAUCUUUUAUUGACAUUGUAUAAUUAGAAGAACAUUUUAUUAUGCUAAUGUUAAAUGUUUAUUUAUGUUAUGUAUGAAAUCUGAAUUAUUCUAUAAGUUAGUUUCAAAAUUGUGAUAUAUACAUUAUUUAUUCAAAAUUUGGCCUAUGGAUAAUGAAUUGGAACCUACCUAGACAUUUCCUUCUUUAUUAUUUUAAUGGUUUCAUGGUACCCCAAAUAUUGCAUAGACUAUAGUUUUCUUUUAUUGCACUAUUACUAAGCACUAAAUGUUCAUAAGGCACCAUUCAACACAAAAAGUAAUCAGUAAUAUUAUUUUUCAAUAAUUAGGAUCUAUUCUGGUUGUAUAGGAAUCAACCAUUUAGAAUAAGAAUGUGAAAUGUAAAGCAUAUAUUCUAAAAUCACUAUAUUGGACAUGUAUUUAAGACACAUUGCUCUUAAUAAAUCUUGAAUUGGAAUCAAAUUUAAACUGUCAAGAUUCCUGACUAACUGAGAAGAUAAUCAUCCGUAACUUAACAGAUAAAUGUCAAAAAUCAUUAGACAUAGUAAAACACAUAUUGUAUCCAAAGAUUUCUUUAUUGUUUAAUCUACAAUAACUAAAUUAAAAGAUUUUAAAUAA